CAAUCCUUUGCACCGGAAGAAGAUCCUCUUCUUGUCCGUCACGGAGUGACCUCCGUUGACGUCUUUUUGUCCCUUCUUCAUUUUCUUGUUCGCCGAACAAAAUGUUGGGUUGGCCCUCAUUACUGCUGAUGUUCCGUAGCUCGUUACCUCUUCUGUAGACUUUUUGACUGUGCCGCUGAGGCUUUCGGUAAGCAGGAAGGAUGCCGGUGGAGAUCGGCACCGGCGGCGCCACCGGCACCAACACUGGCACUGGCGGAGGCAUGGUCCGGCAGGCCAAGCAGAAGAGGAAAUCACACAGUCUGUCCAUACGCAGGACCAACAGCACAGACCAGGAACGAUCUGGCUUCCUGCAGAGGGACAUUCAGCUGGACACGCAGGACUCCAAGCUUCCGGUGUCUCUGAGGAGCAACCUGGUGGACCUGUUCAGUCAAAUCGAGAGGGAGUUUGAGAACCUUUACAUUGAAAACCUCGAACUUCGCCGAGAAAUCGACACAUUGAACGAGCGUUUGGCUGCCGACGGACAGACGGUGGAGGGUGUGGACUUGACCAAAGGAGCGCUGAAAACAAAGACGAGUCACAGUACCAGUCAGCUGUCACAGAAGCUGAAGACAACCUACAAGGCAUCCACGAGCAAGAUUGUGUCCAGUUUCAAAGCCACCACAUCCCGAGCCGUAUGCCAGCUGCUCAGAGAGUAUGUGGGCCACCGAGACGGCAUCUGGGACCUCAGCGUGACGCGGAUUCAGCCCACCGUGCUCGGCACCGCAUCUGCAGACCACACGGCCAUGUUGUGGAGCAUUGAGACGGGCAAAUGUCUCCUUAAGUAUCUGGGCCACCAAGGAUCAGUCAACUCCAUCAAGUUUCACCCCACUGAGCAGAUGGCGCUAACAGCCUCCGGUGACCAGACAGCUCAUGUGUGGCGGUUCCUGGUGCAGCUGCCCACGCCGCAGCCCGUCACCGACGUCACCCAGCCCUGCGAGGACGAAGUGGAGUUCUCCGACAAAGAUGACGCAGACACGGAGGCGGACGGGCCCAACGAGUGCCCGUCGGUGCGCGUGCCCAGCACCACGUUGCGCAGCCACCAGGGCGUGGUGAUCGCCGCCGACUGGUUGGUGGGCGGCAAGCAGGUAGUGACGGCAUCCUGGGACCGGGCAGCCAACCUCUACGAUGUGGAGACGUCGGAGCUGGUGCACUCGCUCACCGGUCACGACCAGGAGCUGACGCACUGCUGCACGCACCCCACCCAGCGACUUGUCGUCACCUCAUCCAGGGACACCACCUUCAGGUUGUGGGACUUCAGAGACCCGUCCAUACACUCUGUCAACGUCUUCCAAGGACACACGGACACGGUUACAUCAGCCGUGUUCACAGUGGGUGACAACGUGGUGUCGGGCAGCGACGACCGCACCGUUAAAGUAUGGGACCUGAAGAACAUGCGCUCACCCAUCGCCACCAUCCGCACGGACUCGGCCGUUAACAGGAUCAGCGUGUCGGUGAGUCAGAGGAUCAUCGCUCUCCCUCACGACAAUCGGCAAGUCCGACUCUUCGACAUGUCCGGCGUGCGCUUGGCCAGACUACCGCGCAGCAACAGACAGGGCCACCGGCGUAUGGUGUGUUGCUCGGCAUGGUGCGAGGACAACGCCUCGUGCAACUUGUUCACAUGCGGCUUCGACCGGCAGGCCAUCGGCUGGAACAUCAACAUCCCGGCCUUACUGCUGGAGAAGUGACCCCCGCCAAGCAUGCCGCCCGACCGACCCCCUGGAAUCUUGCCUGGCUUUACUUGUCGACGCGCCACGUGAGUUUUCAUGCGUCCAUCGAAAGUGGCAUAAAUGCAACAGCUCGGCUUCUCGAGCGGGAACUGGCAGCAAUGUACACUGAGCACUCUGUGUGUGUGUGUGUGUGUGUGUGUGUGUGUGUGUGUGUGUGUGUGUGUGUGUGUGUGUGUGUUUUAAAAUGAGUCCUCCAUCAAAACAGUGUGCCAUUGAUGGAAAAACAAGCACAACCCGCUUCCAUGCACAAAGCCUCACAACAGUUGUUUGGGUUUAUUGUAGUCGAGAACAAUGACAACUAUUGCCCAAAUAUUUUUUUUUUUCUUCUCAAGGUACACAAUCCCGCGUCGUAACAUUAGCUGCACUACUACAAAAAUGUAGUGAGAUCCUUACGACUAUGUGUGAACUGUCUGAGUCAAACCAACAUGGCCGACUUCCUGUACCGUUUUGGGCAUGGGUCCUUCUGUGCUUAUGAUCGAUACAUCCACCAAAUUCCAUGUAGAUUGGUUACGCAAUGUCAAACGUGUCACUGUUCUAUUUAUUUCUAUAUUUAUUUCUCAACUCAACUCAAAUGUAUUUAUAGACCUUUGGAUUUGGAUUUUCCUGUAAAGUUAAAUACAAACAUUUAAAGCAAGAUGAAUAAGCGUGCAAAAAUAUCCGUUGGACCCAAGGAUUUUUUUUUUUUUUUUUUUGCAAACUACCGGCAAAAAAAAAUGAACAAAUACUUAAAUUAUACCAAAUCUCCAAACUGUAAGUAAUGUUUGUAAAUUUCCGCAUGUGUCCCUAAUGUGGCCAGAGAUCUGCACAUUAGUUUGCCCCAGGUGACAAAAGUUCGUUGCAGUUGCUGCAUAUGGUCCGUUUAGAGUAUUUCGGAAGUCACGACAUACCUGAACAGUGUUCAUCCAAUUGCUCAGUUUGUAUUAGUAGUUAAUGGGCUGCCCCCUGCUGGUCUGGAGUAUCAUGUACGAUUAGUUCUUAUAGGGGAAAAAAAACAGUAAAGAUGUGAAAAUUGUCUUCGUGGUGCUAGAACGACUUAAAAUAGCGUGUGUGUGUGUGUGUGUGUGUGUGUGUGUGUGUGUGUGUGUGUGUUUAAACAUUGCAUUCUUACUGCCUUGUGCGGGAAACAAAAACAACAAGACGAAAGUGUAUAAAAGGUGUAAAAAGUCUUCAAUGUCACAACGUUUCUCUUCUGGAGGACUUUCAAGUGCCGAAAUUAAAUCAAUCCAUAAACCAGUCAACAAGUCCACCAUUAAAAAAAAUCAUUCCGGUGUGAAUUUAUCACAAUUAGAAUUGUCACAGUUAAAAACUAAAUUGUGAAAUAAUUUGAUGCCCACUUUUUUGUGUAUGUUAAAUUAAUUGGUAGUUUAUUGAAUUAAUUAUUUAACUGUUACAUAUUGGCACUUCUUAGUCCUCCAUAGUCUGUUUGCAUCAUGAAUGAGAUGUAAUCUCUCUCUCUCACACACACACGCACACACACGCACACACACACACACGCACACACACAUAUAUAUAAAACUGCUAAGAUUUUUAUUUUGUGUUUAUUAGCCACUUUAACCCCAAAUUGCUAUUUGACCCUAGUGAUCAACAUUUAAAAACAUGCACACACACAC